AUGGCAGAGUCAAAAACUACUGAAGUUGAAACCCCUCCAGAAGAGCCAUCCAAGGCUACUACAAACGCAGAUGUUGUUACUGAUACUGCUACAACACUAAAUCCUGAGCUAACACAAUCCAAAGAUGUUGCACAAUCUCAAACAGAUGGCUCAAGUGACAAUGCCAAAACAGAUGCUGCUGCUUCUGAUGCAGCAGCUUCUGUGGGGUUAACCGAGAAAGAGAACAUUAACACAACAAUCACUCAAGAAGCAGCAAAGCCAAAUGAAGUUACAAGUGAGAUUGGUUUACCUCGUGUAAAGAUCACAGAAGCCACUGUAGGGACAACAAGGAAUGGUGGGUCACCUAAAGUGCUCUCGUCUCCAAGAUCCUCAGGAUCACCGGUGAGCACUGGAACGCCGAAAAACAUGGACUCGCACAAAGGUUUAAUCGACACCGCAGCGCCGUUUGAGUCAGUUAAAGAAGCUGUUUCGAAAUUCGGAGGCAUCACUGACUGGAAAUCUCACCGGAUGCAAACAGUAGAGAGACGCAAGCUUAUAGAAGAAGAGCUUAAGAAGAUCCAAGAAGAGAUACCAGAGUACAAAACACACUCGGAAACCGCGGAGGCUGCGAAGCUUCAAGUGCUCAAGGAGCUAGAGAGCACAAAGAGACUCAUAGAACAGUUGAAGCUUAAUCUGGAGAGGGCACAAACAGAAGAGCAACAGGCCAAGCAGGACUCUGAGCUUGCUAAGCUGAGGGUUGAGGAGAUGGAGCAAGGAAUCACCGACGAUGUCAGUGUCGCAGCUAAAGCACAACUUGAGGUGGCUAAGGCAAGGCAUGCAUCAGCAAUCACAGAGUUGCAUUCUGUCAAGAAGGAGCUUGAGACUCUACAUAAGGAGUAUGAUUCUUUAGUGAAAGAUAGAGACGUGGCUGUGAAGAGAGUUGAAGAAGCAACGUUGGCAUCAAAAGGGAUUGAGAAGACAGUUGAAGAACUAACCAUAGAGCUCAUAGCUACAAAGGAGUCGCUUGACUCAGCGCAUGCUUCUCAUUUGGAAGCUGAAGAACAGAGGAUUGGAGCAGCCAUGGCUAGAGACCAAGACACUCACCGUUGGGAGAAGGAGCUGAAGCAAGCGGAAGAGGAGCUCACAAAGCUUAACCAGCAGAUGGUUUCUUCAAAGGAGCUGAAAUCAAAGCUUGACACUGCCUCAGCGCUGCUUCUUGAUUUGAAGGCGGAGCUUGUAGCUUACAUGGAAUCCAAGCUAAAGCAAGAAGCGUGUGACUCAAGCAAAAACAGUGAGAACGUGAGCCAUCCUGAUUUACACGCAGCUGUGACCUCUGCAAAGAAGGAACUUGAGGAAGUCCAAGCGAAUAUUGAGAAAGCAGCCGCCGAAGUGAACUGCUUGAAAGUAGCGUCCUCUUCCUUGCAAGUGGAGCUUGAGAAAGAAAAGUCUGCUCUUGCCUCAAUCAAGCAAAGAGAAGGAAUGGCUUCUAUAGCAGUGUCUUCUCUAGAAGCUGAGAUAGACAGAACGAAGACGGAGAUAGCUUCUGUUCAGUCAAAGGAGAAAGAAGCCAGAGACAAAAUGGUGGAGCUGCCAAAACAACUUCAGCAAGCAGCAGAAGAAGCUGAUGAAGCAAAGUCUCUCGCUGAAGUUGCUCGUGAAGAGCUGCGAAAGGCUAAAGAAGAAGCUGAGCAAGCGAAAGCUGGAGCAAGUACAAUGGAGAGCAGGCUCUUUGCUGCGCAGAAAGAAAUCGAAGCAGCUAAAGCUUCGGAGCGGCUUGCUUUAGCUGCCAUCAAGGCUUUGGAGGAGAGCGAAUCAUCAACAUUGAAGGGUAACGACGUUGAUUCUCCAAGAAGCGUUACACUCUCGCUAGAAGAGUACUACGAGCUAAGCAAACGUGCUCACGAGGCAGAAGAGCUAGCGAACGCGAGAGUAGCAGCAGCGGUUUCUCGGAUAGAGGAAGCUAAAGAGACAGAAAUGAGAAGCUUAGGGAAGCUGGAAGAAGUGAACAGAGACAUGGAUGCGAGAAAGAAAGCAUUGAGAGAAGCAACUGAGAAGGCUGAGAAGGCGAAGGAAGGGAAGUUGGGGGUGGAACAAGAGCUGAGGAAGUGGAGGGAAGAGCAUGAACAGAAGAGAAAGGGUGGUGAUGGAGUUAACUCUGAGAAAAUCCAAAGAGCAAGCUCUGAAGGAGCAAAGGAGGUGAUUAAGUUGGAGCAAUCACCUGAGGCUGAUGUUUAUGCCUCAAGCCCGAGUGAGUCGUAUGGAACAGAUGAUUACUCUGAAACCAAUCAGUUCCCACCAACAAAGCCUGGAAAGAAGAAGAAGAAGAAGCUUUCUUUCCCUCGGUUUUUUAUGUUCUUGUCAAAGAAGAAGUCACAGAGUUGA